AGUUAGAUACAAUAUUAUAGAACUGGUACAUGCUCUUGGUGAAUGAGUGCAAUUAAAUACAUAAAUACAAAAAUAUUCUCACUUUACUUGCAGUGUGAUACCCUUUUUCUCUUUUACAGAUAAAAUAUUGUGUAUAUUUCUUGUAUGUUUUGUGUCUAUCUUGUAUUUCAGGUGUCGUUGGUGGUCCAUGGGAUGUCUCCUAUGCUUUGAGCUUCUGUGCUUUAAAUGGGUCGUCAGUGACCAUUCCCUGCACUUACAAAUAUCCCCAAAAACAAACUGUGAAACAAGUAUGCUGGUACAAGAAAGAAAAUACAGACCUGAGUCAAAGUAAACAUUUUAAAGACAGAAUUCAGUAUCUUGGGGAUACAAAGAAUAACUGCACACUGAGAAUUAAUGGUUUGAGAGAGAGUGAUGCCAAAGAAAAAUAUAACUUCUGGUUUAAAACAAAUCAAGAUAGAUACACUGGGGCAGCUGUGACUCUGAUUUUCACAGGUAACUUACAUUUUGUCAAGCUUUGAAGGUUUAUGUAUCAGGUUUAGCUUCUAUGAGAAAUGGUGAAAAACUCCUCACCCAACCCAAUUCUUACACAUGCAAAAGCCUGUAAAAUGGAGGAGAACUAAACCAAAGCAAAAAGCAUGGGCUGUUUAUACCCUUUCAGCUCUGCAGGUGAAGAUACGUCCUACAACCGUGACAGAGGGACAGAGUGUGACACUGACCUGCACCACCAGCACCUGCAGUCUAAGCAGCCCCUCCUACAUCUGGUACAAGAACAGCCUGCCUGUGUCAACCAAGCUCACACCGGGCAACAACACCCUCUUCUUCAGCGCAGUCCACAUCGCAGAUGCAGGCAGAUACGUCUGUGCUGUAGAAGGUCACGAGGAUCAUCUAUCCCGUGCAGUGACGCUCAGUGUUAGGUAUGCACCAAGGAAUACCUCAAUAUCAGUCACUCCCCCUGGUGGUGAUAUACUAGAGGGCAGUUCAGUGACUCUGACCUGUGGCAGUGAUGCCAACCCACUAGUGCACAACUACACCUGGUACAGGAGGACUGGAGAUGAAACCUUACAGAUAGGAUCGGGACAGAAUUACAGCUUCGCCAGAAUCCACUCUAAGUGCAGUGGACACUACUACUGUCUGGCAAAGAAUGAUGUUGGAAGUGACCAGUCUUUAUCCCUGCUGGUGGACGUCAAAUAUGCUCCAAGGAACAUUACAGCAUUGCCCAGUCCCUCCGUGACUAUAAUGGAAGGUGCUUCAGUGACUCUGACCUGCAACAGCGAUGCCAACCCACCUGUGCACAACUACACGUGGUACAAGAAGUAUAGCAGUACUGAAUCCAGCCUGAUUGUAUCAGGACAGAAGUACAGCAUCUCUCACGCCAGGCCUGUACACAGAGGCUGGUAUUAUUGUAAGGCAGAGAACAAAGUAGGAGCCACUGCAUCUACAACUCUUCAUGUACACGUGCACAAGCCCCCACUGUGGGGGUCCAUAGGAGCGCUGUUAGCACCUAUACUCAUCCUCAUGGCUGGCACAGUGGCAGUGUGUCUCAGUGUGUGUUGGAGAAACACGGAAACUAUAGCAGCAGAAGAUGACAGUAUGACACACAGUGAAAAGGAAGACUCCGGUCCCAUUUACUGCAACAUUUCAGCAAUGCCCACAGCCCCUGGCAAUGCCUCUGGCGCAGACGCAGGAGAUGGCGAUGACGUCCAGUACGCCACUGUUCGGUUUACCCACAGCACAACACAGGAUGGGACGCCGCAAGGCUGUGCGAGCGAAGAUGAUGUGGAGUACGCCACAGUGAACUUUUCCGUUCUCACUACUACUGAUGCCCGGUCUGAGGAGGAGUCUGUGAUCUACAGCAACCAGCAGAAUGCAUACAAAUGAGGACAACGGCUUAAUUUCAUUCGAAGUCAACGGUUAAACCAACCACCAUUUUGUACUUACUUUUGUUCAGUCCAGAUUGAUAUAGUGUAGUUAGCUUUUCAGUGUCAGUAUGCUUGACUGAAGCUCAAUCAGUGAUCAUGGCUGGAACUGUAGAUGAUGGGCACUAAUAAUCCACAUCUGAAGAUUUUCAAUAAAAAAAUAGCAAAUA